AUGAAACAAAAUCUCAGAAAUUUGCGUCUUCGAUUUUUGGUGACUGGUAUCGCUUCUUCUCACCCGUCUUUAUGGGUUAAUUGGAUCAAGACAUACCUGAUCCGUCAAGGCUCGUUCUGGUCGGUUAGUUCUACCACAAGCAUGGGAUCCUGGAUGUGGAAGAAAGUGCUGAAAAUGAGAGACAAAGCUCGAGGGUUUUUCAGGGUCACUGUGAGUAAUGGGUUGAAAACAUCAUUCUGGUAUGAUGUUUGGUCACCAAUGGGUCAGCUUAUUGAUAUAAGUGGGACACAAGGCUUCAUUGAUCUUGGUAUUCCAAUGCACUCUACGGUGGCGAUUAGUCGUCGACGAAGGUGUCAUCGUGUAGAUUACCUCAAUGACAUUGAAAAUCUGCUUGAUACACAUAGGAUUAGUCAGAACAGCGCUGCUGAGGACACGCCCCUUUGGAAAUGGAAGGAUGAUACUUUCAAACGGGUUUUCAAUACUAAGCGCACUUGGAUUUUGAUUCGGGAUCCUGGUUCUGACGUCUUAUGGUAUAAAAGCGUGUGUUUCUCUCACUCCACACCAAAAUACUCCUUUCUGACUUGGCUGGCAAGUCACGAUCGCUUCUCCACCACUGAUCACAUGGAGAUGUGCAACACGGGAGUUAACACCUCAUGUGUUCUCUGUCAAGCUCCUACCGAAUCAAGGGACCAUCUUUUCUUCUCAUGCAGCUACUCAAAGGAAGUAUGGACUGAGCUAUCUAAAGGCAUCUUCCACUCUCACUCCUCAACAGAUUGGCAUUCCAUCAUCGCCAUCACUUCAUCUGCAAUCCUCGAUCGUGUCCACCUCUUCCUUACUAGGUAUGUUUUCCAGACAACCAUACAUAGCAUCUGGAGAGAGAGAAACGGUCGAUGA